AAGAACUUUAGGGUUUUUUCCUCAAAAAAAUAGAGUAACAAUUUCUUCAAAGAAAAAUGUUAGGAGACCAUAAAAAAAUCGGAUGGUCCUGCACUCCUGCUGAUUAAUCUCACACACGCCCAAUUUCAUUUGAACCCUAGCAGUAGCAGCAGUGAGGUACAACGCAGUCGUACUCGCACACUCUGCUCUCUGUGCCUCUGCCUUUCUCACUGUCUUCCGGUGGCGGUCUCUCCCUGGUCACAGUCUCUCAGUGGUCGCCUGUCGCUGGGCACUACUGUCCGCCACUGGUCUGGUCGCUGUUCUCCCUUCACCUCUGUUCGAAGCUCUCAACGGCCACACCUCUGCUGUGCUUUCAGCCUCAGGCACUAGUUUCUGACAACCUUGCUCAGUUGCUUGUGAGGUGCUUCUUCAUCUUCGAAUCUUUCAGUGGACUCCUAAUCAAAAUACCAAUUGUGAAAUUUUGAUUUAUUUUUUCUUUUUCCGCAUAGUGAAGGGAGCAAUGGCAGGGAGAAGCAAAGAGAAAGAAGGCGGAAGAAGAGGGAGGGCAUGUGUGGUGGUUUUAGGUGACAUUGGACGCAGCCCAAGAAUGCAAUACCAUGCUCUUUCGCUCGCCAAUCAAGUUUUUCCCUUCCCUUCUCUGUCUAUUUUUUCUAUUUUAUCCAUCCAAUUUUAUGAUUUGGUGUCAUACUUCACUCCAAUUUUAUUUAAUUUCCGUAAUAUUGUUACCAAUUUUUGUACUGAACGAUUCACCAGAACCUGAAUCAUCACCGCAAAAGAACUGCUCUUUAAGUUGUUUUUUCAAAGUUUAGAUUGCAAAAGUGUUAUAAAUUGGUCUGAGAAUCAACCAUGCUGUUUAAUUGUUGUGUUAUAUAUUUGAGAUUGUACCAACAUUUGUGUUCAAUAUGACUGCCAGUUAUUUGGUGGCUAGAUUCUUCAUAUUAUGCAGUUGGUAAUCUAAUUUUAUGAGCAUGAUUUUGGGUAUUAAUCUGGAGUUGCUCAGGUUAGCAUUUCUUAACAGGGUUCCAUGUUUUUUAAGGUCUGCUAAGUUGUUAGCUGUUCUUGUACUAUAUUUCCAAGACUUAGCUGAUGCUCAGACCUUGGAGUCCAUGAUGUUGUUUCUGUGAUUAGAUAAAUUAUGGCUUUGUUGGAGGUGGAUAUUGUUGCAUAUGGAGGUUCAGAGCCACAUGGUGCACUUCUUGCUAAUCCAUCUAUCCAUCUUUACAUAAUGAAGCAGUGGCCAACGGCCCGCCAAAGUUUACCAAGGAUACUUAUACUUUUAUUGAAGCCAUUGGUUCAAUUUUUCACGCUUCUUUGGUUCCUUUGUAUAAAAGUACCUUCUCCUGAUAUUUUUAUUGUCCAGAAUCCUCCUUCAGUUCCGACACUAGUGGCAGUAAAAUGGGCUAGUUGGUUGAGGAAUUCAUCUUUUGUCGUAGAUUGGCAUAAUUUUGGAUACACACUACUUGGUCUGUCCCUUGGAAGAAAUAGUCAUUUUGUUUCUUUAUAUAAAUGGUUUGAAAAGCAUUAUGGGAAAAUGGCAGAUGCUUCUCUGUGUGUAACAAGAGCAAUGCAGCAUGAAUUGGCUCAAAAUUGGGGAAUUAAUGCUACAGUAUUGUAUGAUCAGCCACCUGACUUCUUUCAUCCUGCUUCACUAGAGGAGAGGCAUAGGUUGUUUUGUAGAUUAAAUAAGGAACUCUGUCAGCCUCUUGGUUUUAGAGAUUGUGUUAGCAAUGGAACUUCUUUGAUUGGAAGCAAUGGCCAAAAUGAGACCUUGUUUACAAAUGAGGUUGGUCCAGACAUAUAUUUGAAGCGUAACCGUCCAGCACUUGUUGUAAGCAGCACGAGCUGGACUCCUGAUGAAGAUUUUGGAAUUCUUUUGGAAGCUGCUGUGAUGUAUGACAGACGUGUUGCUGCUAUAUUAGGUGAAGACGAUUCGCUAGAUGAGGAUGUCGUCUGGAAAGAAAUAUCUGAUGGAAAACAAUGUUUAUAUCCCAGAUUGUUAUUUAUCAUUACUGGUAAAGGUCCUGAAAAAGAAAAGUACGAAGCAAAAAUAAAGAGAUUAAAACUUAAACGUGUGGCAUUUCGUACCAUGUGGCUCUCUGCUGAAGAUUACCCAUUGUUGCUAGGGUCGGCUGACCUUGGAGUUUGUCUGCAUACUUCAUCAUCAGGAUUAGACCUUCCCAUGAAGGUUGUCGAUAUGUUUGGCUGCGGACUGCCUGUUUGUGCUGUUUCGUACUCUUGUAUUAAAGAAUUGGUUAGAGUUGACAAAAAUGGUAUUCUCUUCUCUUCAUCUUCAGAGCUGGCUGAUGAACUUGUGAUGCUUUUCAAGGGAUUUCCUGAUGAAUGUGAUGCUCUGAAGAUUCUCAAAAAUGGUGCACUAGAAACCAGUUCUUCGACAAGGUGGGCUACAGAAUGGGAAGAACAUGCAAAGCCACUAAUAAACAAGGUUAUAUCAAGAUUUUGAUUUUCUUUUGAUUAUCGGAAGAUGUCUAUAACAGCUCUAACAACAAAUGAGAUUGAUCUCUUGGCUGGAUCCAGCAGAAGGUCAACUGGCACCAUAUGCUGAUUGUGUCCGGCAUGAUGAUGUUUGGCAAUGUGAGCAGUUGGAGUUAUCUUCUGUAAAAUAGGUACACCUUGUAGAAUAUGAAGGUUUAAAGAGAUCCUGUUCCUAAAUGAUGGCUUUGUCUGAUAUAGGGUUCAUUUUUGUCCGACUAUUGCCCGAAAGUGUGGUCAACAUUGCAGCAAAAGUGAGAGUAUAAUUCUAAAUCACCAGAGAUUUGAUUGUGUUUUUAUUUUUUUUUCUUCUCUGGUGAACUGAGGCCUAUUUUGAUUAGGUACUUGUUUUCACCAAUGGGUUAUGCACUUUUUGAUAUAUGGCCUUUUCAAGAUUUAUAUGAAGCUCUGAUUGGAUGUGGAA